GUAAAGGAAGGAAAGUUGCAAUUUGAUUUGCCGGUCACCUAGCCGGGAAUAAUUUGAAAUGGACCGCCUAGUACCACCGUACCACCAUGACCAUGCCAGCGCUCAUUCUUCCUUUCCAACUUCCGCCAACUUGUCAACGUACUUUGAGAAAGAAUGCUCGACACUCUGCACAACAUUUGUACGCUUUCUAAGCAAGCCUGGUUCUCCGGAAAGCCUCGAUGGACCCCAGCCCAGAUGCCAGACUUGGGGGGAAAGGUCGUUAUCGUUACCGGUAGCUCGUCAAGGAUAGGAAAAGAGAUAGUCAGGGAAUUGUUGCCUUACAACGCUAAAGCGUAUCUGGCUGCGAGAAAUCCAGAGAAGACAGGAAAUUUUAUCGAGGAACUGACGAAGGCUACGGGGAAGACUGCGAUUUUCUUGAGCUUGAAUCUGUGAGACCUGAGAUCUGUCAAGGUUGUUGUGGAGGAG